UUUACCCCUGAAACGACUUGAGAAGUUGCGCUACGAGAGAAAAAUAAUAUGUUAAUAUCUGACAUAUAUGUCUCCUUCGGUCUACCAACAACAUGAGUAUAAAUUCUGAAUUGCACCGAGUAACGUCUAUCUGUGCAUGAUUUUCGGUCGCAAUAAUCCGACCGAUAUUGCUGGACUCCAUAAAACAGUUGAAACAGGCGCCUUUGUUUUCGAGGACAGUACAGUCGUUUUCAAUCACAGCAUAAAAAACAUAUAAGGUAGUGUAUAGCGUAGCUCCUGGCAGUCGUAGCCUACAAACGAAAGGAAUCUCGACGGAAUACUACAAUGUGUGUAGCCUACGUGUGUGAGAGAGAAAAAGCCCUAGUUUUGGCUUUUGAGAACACAGUUAGCUCAGACAUUCCAAUGGUGUGACACAGAAAGCCUCCCUUUAUCUGCUUAUCGGGGUGCAGUGGCGCAAACUAUUGUCUUCAUUCAAAGCGUCGGUUGGGAAAGCCCCCCUACGUUGUUAAUACUGAAUAAUUAUUUUGAAAAUUAAUCUGUCUGUCCUUGGAAACGUGGAAGUUGAAAAUACGAAGUGCAGAGCGCUCAUGGAAACAUGACAGAUCUGGACGCGAUAUUGCAAACGUAGUCGGCUUUGCAUUGACAAUGCGUUUGUUCAGCGCUGAGUUCCAUAGAGGAGGAGACGCGUGGGUCUGCAGAAAACCGCUUCGGCACGCACCUCUCCCUGGCCGAUCUGUCCGGCGCAAGGCCUGGACGGUGUUGAGUCUGUGAGAUCCCAAGAGGUCGAGCAAGCCAGUGGGAAAGAGGAGGGGGCGAGACUAGGCUCCACUGAGACGCGCAUCGCAACAACACCCCCAACCCCCCCCACCCACCACCCACCACCCCGUCGAAAGCUGAGCGGGAAGCAGAACAUGUGACCGGCCGAUGUAGGAGAGUUUAUUCAGGAAAUUCUUCCCUCGUCGAGGAUUUCUCUCAUCCGCCUGGUUUUCGCAGCUGGAGGGGCUUUUCUGUCCGUUUGUGACCAACCCCCAAGCCUCCCCUCCUUCCCCCCUCUUCCACUGCCGGCCAGAGCAUGCCCGUUACGCACGUGCCCAGUAGGAACCCAACCUGGUUGUAGACUGUGGAGCUUUGCACCCUUUUGCUGGAUUUUUUUGCUCGCUCUAAAUGCUCUGCGAUAUGAACUUGCGUGAGGAGGGCCGGAGGAGUCGCUCGUGUCCGUGUGUCCCCAUGGCCCCCGAGGAGCCGGGCUCCCCCGUCAUCGGAUCCCAGGGCCGGGGGAGGGGCGCGUCUGCUCCGCCAGCCGGGGCCGGAAAUAUCCCGGGCCCCCCCGACUGCAGCCUGACUCAGCAAAACGCCGCGCCAGAGGGGGAACUACCUCGCAAGUCACCCCCUCCCCCGGCCGGCGCUGGCCAGCAGCGCCGCCAACCCGCCUCGGCUUCCGCCGCGCCUCCCGCCCCCGACGCAGCGGCGUCCCGCGAGCUGGGAGCCGAGCAGCCGGCCCCCGCCGUCCACGUCUACGGUCCCAGCUGCGGCAGGGAGGGCGGGGGCGAACUGUAUUGGGACCAGCUGUGCGGGACACGUGACCCGGCGGAAGUGCGGCCGGCCUGCCUGGAGUCCGCCGCGACUGGAGAGAGCCGGCCCCGUCCGGGAGAGGCCGGCCCGCCGCCCGCGACCCCGCCCGCUGGCGGCCCGCCAGGAGCCGGCGGCCCGGACGCUCCGGGGCGGGGCUCCCGCGCCGACGCGCUGAGCCGCGAGGCCGGCGGCUGCCGGUACGUCACGAGGAGAGGCAGCCUGCCCGAGACGUCCCUGCCCGCCGGGGGCUCGCGGGGGGACAGGGGCGCGGCGUGCGCCCGCUGCGCGAAGGACGGCUACUCCAGUUUGGAGAGGGCCUCCCGCCGGAACAGGGCCAAGGCCUCCGUCUGCGGCUGCUCCGCUCAGGGCGGCCCGCUUUUCAAACCGAGCCCGCAGACGGGCCUGCGGAACACCGGCGGCGGCGGCGGCAACGGUGGCGUCAACGGCCUGCCGGAGUUUGUGCGCAACAAGAAGGAGCGCUCCACUCUGCUGGUCCGGAGGUACUACAAAAACAACCGGGAGGUGAAGAAGUCGGUGUGCACCGGCACCAGGGCGAUCGUGAGAACCUUGCCCUCGGGUCACAUCGGGGAGCGGGGGUGGCUGGCCGCCUGCGGAAGAAGGUCCCGCGCGUGCGAGAGGCGCGUCGGAGCGGCCAGAGGACACGGCGCCCUCCUUCAGCCCGGCCUCCUGCCCGCCUGCGCACGUCUCCGCUGCCUCCGCGGCGGCCGUCCAGAGAUCCAUUAUGUGCUGAGCGUUGAAGAGGACCUGCUGCACCCAUCCAGGAAGCUCCUGGCCUCCGCUGCGUCCGGCUGGCGGCGAACGUGUUGGUGGGACGCGCGGUCAUGCGCCUGCGAGCGGCCGGCUAGCCUCCGCGCCUCCCUGCAGAGAACCGCCGUCUCCGCCCUCCUCGCCGGGGCGCUGCUCGAGGCCACCGCGUCCGUCGGCGCCCGCAGCGGACUCCCCGGCGUCGCCGUGGGCUCCACGGGCAGGGCCAUGCUCAAAGAACGCCAGCUGUGCGGCGCAGUGGCGGCGUCCAACGUCAUGCCCGUCAGCGUGGCGGGCAUCAGCAAGGAGCUGGCGGACCUGCAGCACCUGGUGCAGUUCCCCGAGGAGAUCGCCAGCAUCCUGACGGAGCAGGAGCAGCAGCUGUACCAGCGCGUCUUCCCCCUCGACUACCUCUGCUUCCUCACCCGCGACCUGGGCACGCCCGAGUGCCACAAGCGCCACCCGCACCUCAAGGCCUCCCUGUCCGCCCCCACCAUGCCCACCCAGAGCAGCCGCCGCAACGGCGUGGAGGACCUGGUCACCCGCUUCAACGAGGUGAGCUCCUGGGUAACCUGGCUGAUCCUGACAGCUGGCUCCAUGGAAGAAAAGCGUGAGGUCUUCUCCCACCUGGUCCAUGUCGCCAAGUGCUGCUGGAACAUGGGCAACUACAACGCCGUGAUGGAAUUCUUGGCCGGCCUCAGGUCCCGUAAGGUGCUGAAGAUGUGGCAGUUCAUGGACCAGUCGGACAUCGAGACCAUGCGCAACCUGAAGGACGCCAUGGCGCAGCACGAGUCCUCGUCCGAGUACCGAAAGAUGGUGAACCGCGCCCUCAACAUCCCCGGCUGCAAGGUGGUGCCCUUCUGCGGCGUCUUCCUCAAGGAGCUCAGCGACGCUCUCGACGGCUCCGCCAGCCUGAUCAGCCUCCGCCCCAAAUUCGACGCCCAGGAGGACUCCAUCGAGUUUGUCACAGACUACAACGGCCAGGACAACUUCCUGCAGCGGGCGGGGAAGGACGGCCUCAACAACCCCGAGAAGGAGGCCACGGUCAGCAAUAUCCUGCAGACCAUCCGCAGCUGCAACCGCAGCCUGGAGUCGGAGGAGGGGGAGGACAGCGGGCGCGAGGGCACCUCCUCCCGCAAGAACUCCUUCAAAGAGAGGAGCAGGAACCAUUCACUCCCUGUCAGGAAAACAUCCGAUUCAAGCCACGUCUUGUUCAUAGUGGGGGACCUCUCGGACUCAGAUGGAGAUUUGUCAGAACAGGCCAAGGAGGUGGAGUUCCAGGGGGUGGAGGAGACGCAGAAGGCCUUCACCCACGGGACGGAGCUCAUCCCCUGGUACGUGCUCUCCAUCCAGGCCGAUGUCCACCAGUUUCUCCUGCAGGGGUCCACCGUCAUCCACUUCGACCAGGAGUCCCACCUGACGGCCCGCUGCUUCCUGCGGCUGCAGCCCGACAACUGCUUCCUGACCUGGGCCCGGCCCCAGAGCAGCGGCCUCAGCAACUGCAAGCCCCAGUACUUCGGGCAGGUGGUGCUCAACGGCCUGACAGAGGGCUUUCUGGACAUUUCCGUCGUGAAGGCCGUCUUCAUGGGCCACCCGGCAGUGGACAUCCACGCCGUGUGCCUGCAGAACAAGCUGUGCAACAUGACCCAGGAGGAGAACGGAAUCACCCUGCUCUACGGCCUCAACACAACCGACAACAAGCUCCUGCACUUUGUGGCCCCCAAGUUCACAGCCCGCAUGCUGUACGACGGGCUGAAAGAGCUCGUCAGCGCGGUGAGGAAAAUGAAGAGGUUUCCUGACCAGAGGCUUCAGUGGCUGAGGAGACAGUAUAUUAGCAUCUAUCAGGAGGACUGCAGGUAUGAGGGCCCAACGCUGGCCCAGGCCAUAGAGCUGUUCGGAGGCCGUCGCUGGAACAUGGGCACUUCAAGCACGGAGAAGCCUGGCGCGCAGAAGAACAGCCCCCUGGGAAUUAACACCACCAAGAAAAAGAAGAAGGCCCUCAUGAGGGGUGACAGCGGGGACGCCACGGACGAUGAAAUGGCGUCGCGGAAGACCAGGAGCUGUAAGGAGUCCCUGGGCCGGAGCGGGUCGGACCCCACUGACAGCGUGGAUCCGGAGGAGCAGGAAGAUGGCAGUGCCCUGGGCCUCCCCGGACCCCUGUCCUUGUCGGCUAGUAAAGGCCAGUCCCCCAGUGGCUCCUCCUCCUCCUCCUCCAGCAUGUGCUCCUCCACCCCCGCCCGGCCACUCUCCUCCCCCAUCCUGCCCUCCGGCUCCAAACCUCAGACAGGGGCCUGGAGCAGCCGUAGCUGGCACGGGCGGGGGAAGGGCUGCCUCAGGGGCUUUCAGAACUUCAUGAUCUCCGACAGCAUCAUGAGCUUCACCGAGUUCGUGGAGCUCUUCAAGUCCUUCAGCAUUCGAAGCCGGAAGGACCUUAAGGACUUGUUUGAUGCUUACGCUGUGCCCUGUAGCCGCUCUGCCCAAGAAUCUGCUCCCCUCUACACAAACCUGAGAAUUGAUGACAAGGUCACCGGGCUGCAGCCUGACCUUGACCUCCUGACACGCAACGGCUCUGACUUGGGCCUCUUCAUCCGGACCAGGCAGCAGAUGUCGGACAACCAGAAGCAGAUCUCGGAUGCCAUUGCGGCGGCCAGCAUUGUGACCAAUGGCACGGGCGUGGAGAGUGCCUCCCUGGGGGUUCUGGGCAUGGACAUCCUGCAGCUCAAUGACUUCCUUGUCAACUGCCAGGGGGAGCACCUCACCUAUGAUGAGAUCCUCAGCAUCAUCCAGAAAUUUGAGCCAUCUGUGAGCAUGCGCCAGAUGGGCUGGAUGUCUUUUGAGGGUUUUGCAAGGUUUUUGAUGGACAAGGACAACUUUGCGUCCAAAUGCGAGGAGUCUCAGGUGGAUGAAGAAGACCUUCAGUACCCACUGUCCUAUUAUUACAUCGCCUCCUCACACAACACGUACCUCACGGGUCACCAGCUGAAGGGAGAGUCCUCCGUGGAGCUCUACAGCCAGGUGCUGCUUCUGGGCUGCAGGAGUGUGGAGCUGGACUGCUGGGACGGAGACGACGGGAUGCCCAUUAUUUACCACGGUCACACCCUGACUACCAAGAUCCCCUUCAAGGAUGUUGUGGAGGCCAUUAACCGGACAGCAUUCGUCAAUUCUGACAUGCCUGUCAUUCUGUCCAUUGAAAACCACUGCUCCUUGCCCCAGCAACGGAAAAUGGCAGAAAUCUUCAAGACGGUGUUUGGGGACAAGCUAGUGACGAAGUUCCUGUUCGAGAGCGAUUUCUCCGAUGACCCCCUGCUCCCCUCCCCUCUGCAGCUGAGGGGCAAGAUCCUCUUAAAGAACAAGAAGCUGAAAGCGCACCAGGCCCCCGUGGACAUUCUCAAACAGAAGGCACACCAGCUGGCCCACAUGCAGGCGCAGGCUAGCAACGGCACCUCGGCCAGCAGUUCCCCUGGCAACAAUGAGGAUGAGGAGGAGGAGGAAGAUGAGUAUGACUAUGACUACGAGUCCCUUUCUGAUGCUGACGUCCUCACUGCCACUACUGCCCCUUGUGGACAGGAAGAUAAUAUCCUGGACGAUCGGCCAGAGGGGAAGUCAUCCAGCGACAAGCUCCAGUACGAGUCCAACGACGAGAUGCCGAAGAGGAUGAAGAAAGCAGACAGCUCCACUCAGAGCAAAGGGAAGAUUUUCGAUAUGGAGCUGGGGGAGGAGUUUUAUCUUCCCCAGAACAAGAAAGAGAGCCGACAGAUAGCUCAGGAACUCUCUGAUUUGAUCAUAUACUGCCAAGCUGUCAAGUUCCCAGGCCUUUCCACCCUGACUCCGUCGGGCUCUGGCAGAGGGAAAGAUCGUAAGAGCAGGAAAUCCAUCUUUGGCACCAAUCCUGGUAAAAGCAGCCCCGGGGAGACAGUGACGCUGGUCCGUGCCCCAGGGAAAGGUUCCUUAGAAGGCAUGCGGCUGAGCUGGGAGGAGCAGACGUCGCCGCUGCUGAGCACCGGCGCCUCCCUGAGCGCCAUCAUCCGCACGCCGCGCUGCUACCACAUCUCCUCGGUCAACGAGAACGCGGCCAAGCGGCUCUGCCGCCGCUACUCGCAGAAGCUGAUCCAGCACACCGCCGGCCAGCUCCUGCGCACCUACCCCGCCGCCACGCGCAUCGACUCCGCCAACCCCAACCCGCUCACCUUCUGGCUCCACGGCAUCCAGCUGGUGGCGCUCAACUACCAGACCGACGACCUGCCCAUGCAGCUGAACGCGGCCGUGUUCGAAGCCAACGGGGGCUGCGGCUACGUGCUCAAGCCGCCCGUGCUGUGGGACAGGAACUGCCCCCUCUACCGGAACUUCUGCCCCCUGGAGCGGGACGUGGAGAGCAUGAGCCCCUCGCUCUUCUCCCUGACGAUCGUGUCGGGCCAGAACGUGUGUCCCGGCAACACCACGGGCAGCCCCUGCGUGGAGGUGGACGUCCUGGGCAUGCCGGUGGACAGCUGCCACUUCCGCACCAAGCCCAUCCACCGGAACACCCUCAACCCCAUGUGGAGCGAGCACUUCCUGUUCCAGGUCUACUUCGAGGACAUGGCCUUCCUGCGCCUCGCCGUGGUGGAGAACAACAGCUCGCAGGUCACCGCCCAGAGGAUCCUCCCCAUCAAAGCCCUCAAAGCAGGGUACAGACACCUGGGGCUGAGAAACCAGCACAACGAGGCCCUGGAGGUGUCCAGCCUGUUCAUUUACAGCCGGAGAACUGAGGAAAGCCCUUCCGGAAACUCCAUACCCGCUUCUGUGCUGUUCGGCACAGACGAGCGCCGGGCUGCGGCUCAGUCCAGGGUCACGGUUCAUGGAGCCCCGGGCCCAGAGCCCUUCACUGUGGUGUGUGUGAGUGAGAAGACCACCGCCCGGCAGCUCCUGUCCACCUUGCUGCCCUCCUCCCCUGUGUCGGACUAUUACCUGUCAGAGGAGAAGCUGAGCCUGUCAAAAGAGAGGAGCGAUACCAAGAAGCCGCCCCAACAGCGCCCCCUAGCGCCGGAGGAGGAGAUCCUGACAGUGGUCAGCAGCUGGACUCCGGAUGAGGGCUACGUGGGAAGGAUUUGCCUAAAAACCAAAGAAGAGAACCUGAAUGAAAAGAACUCUGUGUCAGAGGGGGUGGAGGAGGUGACCAGCAGCACGGAGGAAGACACCUUCUUCGUUCAGGUGCACGACGUGUCCCCAGAGCAGCCGCACACCGUCAUCAAAGCCCCACGCUACAGCACUGCCCAGGACAUCAUCCAGCAGCAUGCAUGCAAACACCUUGAAUCAACUCCACCAGCAUUUGAAACGACUCUAAGCAAAGCCAAGUACUCCUGCAGCAUCCUGAGCAACCCCAACCCCGGCGACUACGUCCUCAUGGAGGAGGUUUCCAAGGAGACCACCAACAAGAAGGCGUCCACGGGCAAACCCCUCCAGCGCAUCCUCUUCGACCACGAGUGCGUGUUCCAGGCCCAAACCAAGUGGAGAGGAGCGGGGAAGUUCAUCCUCAAGCUGAAGGAGCAGGUUCAGACGGCCCGCGAGGACAAGCGGAAGGGCAUCUCCUUCGCCAGCGAGCUGAAGAAGCUGACGGGCCGCAGCCGCAGCGUUUCGGGCGGGGCGCAGCCCCCCGCGGAGAGCGCGCACAGACGUUUUCCUAAUGGACUCAAAGCCUGGAUGGCAGAAGGCAUGAUGGAGGCAGAGAGACUCCUGGGCGGUGACCCCGCCCGACACGGUCCCCGCCCCUGCGGCCCCGCCUCGUCCCCCUGGUCUUUCCCCCUGCUGCGAAACUGGAAACUGCCAAAAUGAGCCCCGGUUCCCAGAUAACGCAUGCUAAAUGCCACCUGAGGAACAAGCUUAUUUAGGAUCGUCCUCCCCCCCCCCCCCAUUGGCUCCAGUCUCCCGGCGGUGGGACAGGACGGACGGCGGCCGCUCCGGCCACCCCUGGUACGGUUUGGGGGCGUCUCGGUCAACGGGACCGCGGAACUGGCCGAGUCACUCGGAAAGACUCCGCUUGUUUGUGUCCCUCCCAGACGAGGAGCGUUCGUGCUAACGUGGGAAAGCCUGACCGCUCUCUCUGCUCAGGCCGGCUGAGCGUUUGCUUCAGUGGGUCAGGCUCACGCGGUGGAGUUCUUGUGGUUGGUCAGGAGGAAGCGCUCUGUCCAUCUCCGCUCCCUCCAAUCAGCAACGAGGACGUCGAGAAGGUGGUCAACAAGCUGGCUUGUUUGAAUCCCCUUUGUUUGUGUUCGUGUUUUUAAGAGUACUGUACCAGAUACAUGUUUGUGUAUUUCUUUGUUCAUUCGUAACGUUUUUUGCACUUUGGCGUUUGGGUACUGAAAGGACAGUUCUGUUGCUCUGAUUAUUUCUUUGGUUUCAUUCAAGCUACCAGUGUUAACAGCUUUUGCUCUAAAUGUUUGUAUUGAUUUCCACAGAAUAGAUUUUUGCUCGGUUGUGGCGGUAUGCAUUGUGAAGCAUUUAUGAGAGGUGCACAGAUUCAUAACGGUACCAAUCAAUAUUCACACUACUCUCUCCAUAAGUUAAUGCUGCUCAUUUGGCGAGUAAAUGAUUUCAUCGUGAAAAGUUAAGUUCGGUCUGUAAUUUCCGUCUCCUCAUCAGAAUAUAACGGCUUUUUAUUUUUUCCCUCCAUCUGCAACUGUGCUAUGGGUUUGAGAGUUAGGGUUAGAGUUAGGGUUAUUUUACCUGUACCAGCACAGGGAGUGUUAUAGCCGAGUGUAUCCAUGUUCCCCUCUUUUUCACUAGCCCACAAGUCAGUGACUAAUUCACACACUGCAUGCCGCUUAGUGUACUACAGGACAGCUAGCUGACUGGAGGAGAGGCUUAUCUCUCUCAGAUUUUAACUUUAGGCCUCGAGAUGUGAGUUGGCAUUCGUAGAGCGGUAACUCAAGGAGCCUUGGCCGAUUCAGACUACCCCAGAAGGGUGAUGUCUGUAGUGUCCAGUGAGUACAGACUCGCGGUUAUGGUUAGAUAAUAACAGCUCAGACCUAAGCUCUCCAGGCUAGUUCUGUCUAAACUAUCGGGUUAGGUCUGACCUGAAGGAAAAGCCAUUAUGAGCAUAGCCGUUUAUUUUUUUAAAUUUCCAUUUAUUUUUUAUAUAUUUUUUUAAUGAUAUAUAUUUUCAAGACGAGGACAGCUGAAAGCUUAACCCAACCCCCAUUAGGGCUUUUCGUUCUUACUGAGACAUCGUGGCAUCCCCAUCUUACUGAUUUUAUUACUGCCUUAAAUAACCACUGAAAAGUCGCCAACAGAAAGAAUGUGUGGCAUGCAGUGGUACUAUUUAGUUAUUUUGUAGCCAUAAGUUAUUCGCUGAAGAUUUAGAAGAUUAAUGAGAUAAGUGAAUUAAAGAUUUGACUGCCUUUAGGAUAUUUAUUUUAGUAGCCUGCUCAUGAUCUCUUAAGUGCAUUUAAUGGAUGAAAGCUGCAUGUAUUAUUUGAUAGUCACUUUGCUUUUUCUUGAUCUGAUGACAGGAAAUUGACCCAUAAAUAGCUUCAGCUGUUUUUAUUUGUUGUUUUUGUGAAGUGCUAUUUUAAUUGCUUUCAUUUGUGUUAUUUUAUAAUCUUACCACACUCAGAACUCUGUUCUUUUCUUGUUCAUGAUGGCUGGAGGUUCUAGUCACAGAGGACAACAGGGUUUACGGGCGUAUUUUUCCAUCACUUGUUAGAAUUUUGUUAUUUGAAUUAAGCUGUUAUCUAGAUAAGUGGUGGUGGUGUAAGUCGGUUGCUAAUUUAACUCCAAGGCCUGAAAAACCCUGGCCCUAGUGGACCAGCACUUAAACAUACUGUUACACACCUGACACUCCUGGGUCAUUUUUAAAAAAUUUUGUUUUGUUCAUUUGUUCAUGCAUUGGCUUGUUUUUAAAUGCAUGAUUAUCUGCAAUGCAGGUUAAGUUUUUAUUUCCCCCACUUCGGCAUCAGUUUUACUGCCAUGCACUUGUGCCUAAUUAUUCUGGUACAAAUCACUUGAUUAAAUGUUUUAGGGGCAUUACAUUGUUUAUUAGGUUUAAUUCCGUUUUGAAAAACAAAGUGUGGGUUCUAGUUUGGAUUUUUAGCACACUGCAACAGUUCCUAUGUCGAGGGUAGGGUAGUUUGCUCUCCUGAUAGUUCUAAAAAUUUGAAUUUCCCACUGCAGGUCUGCUUUUUAAAUGUUUAUAGAGUUCAAUUUCAUAGAGUAUAUUUUUCAAACCUUCAUGGCCCAAACUGUACCAGUUUGAUCCUUUAAGCUGUUGUGUUUCUGUUUGUUGGUGGUUGACCUGUUUUCAUUGUAAUAAAACACGUACAGCUCACCUGUACAUUUUACAUUUACUGUUGAGCUCUGUCCUAAGUUGAAGGUUUUCUUCAUGUAUUUGGAUGCCAAUUUUAAUUUAUUCAAUGUUGUAGCCCUGGCUGGCUAAGUAUCCUAUAUAGUCAGAUGUGUAUAUAGCUUUUUAAAAUGUUUAGUAUAACUGUAGAAAAACUAUUUAAAAUUAAUGAAUGUAUUUAAUUUAUUUUUGGGAUGAAUCUUUUCAGCCCAUUGCUUAUCUUUUUUUUUUUUUUUUAACCGUGCACAUGUAUAAAAUCCAUGGUCAGCUUCAUGAAUGUCUUUAUCACAGUAGUUUGUUGUUUUAUUGGUGAUAUUAUUGCUGACAGUUUUUUAAUUUCCAAAUUCUUCAUUCUUGUUCACUUGUUUGAUAUAUAGCCAUUUUUUUUAAACUUAGAUUUAGAGAUGCCAUACCGUUACUCUUUUGUAAAUUAAAUACAUUCAAGUGUAUUUGUUUUAUUUUGCAUACAUGCAGCCCAUUAUGUACUAGGAGAGAAGAAAGUCCACCUGGUAACUUAAAUCUCUUUAAGAGCCUUUACCACUUAUUUCUUUAUAUUGACAUGUUGAGUUCAUGUGCUCAUGUGACCGUCAUUUGACUACUUUCUCUGUUGACUUGAAAUAUAUGAAUUUAUUGUAUCGCAUUACUAAAAUAAAUAGAUAUCAGUA